AUGGAUCUCGAAUUAAUAAAGAAGAAAUUACUAACCAUUCAUUCUUCAGGGAUAUUUGCAACGUUUGACUCCCAACAAGUACAUACAUGUUAUAACGAAUUGAAACAAUUACUUAUUAGUGAUGAUACCAUUCCUAUUGGAGAAUUAUAUAACUUAUUUGAACUUCACGUUUAUUUGUCUUUGAUAACAGGUCAUGAUGUGGAAGCUAAGAGUUAUAUAGAUAGAAUAGUGGAUCAAUUUGGUAGUGAUAAUUCCGAACGUAUAAAUUUAUUGAAAGCCAUAUAUUUUGAAGCCAUUGGAUCUAAAAAGGAAGCUGCUGGUAUCUUAUCAGGUAAAUCAAGUGAAUUGAAUUUAACAAGAAGGUUAGCAACUUUAAGUAGAUCAGCUAAAGAAAACACUGACUAUAUAAAGAAUUUGGUUUUAUACUUGGAUCUACAACCAAGUGAUUUAAUUGCAUGGGCUGAAUUAUCAGGACAAUAUGAAUCAAUUGGACAUUAUGACAAAGCUAUUUUUUGUUUAAAAGAAGUAUUGAUACAAGAACCAUUUGAUUUCCAUACUUUCUAUAAAGUAGGUUUGUUGAAUUAUUAUCUUUUCAUACAAAAAUAUGAAUUGGUUAAAAGUGACAAUACUUUAAAGAAAGAAAAAAUGAUUGAAUUAGUUAAAAUCCUUAUAGAUGCUAGAAAUAAUUAUUUAAGAACCAUUGAAAUUUGUAAAGAUCAUCCACAAAGUUGGUUAGGGAUAUACAUAUUAUGCAAUUUGAAAUUCAUAGGGAAAUUAAAACAUUCCAGCAGUGUGAUUGAUGAUUUUAUUAAAAGUAUUGAAAAAUUAAAACAUUUGAGUGAAAUCAAGGUAAGGGAAUUAACUGAUAUCAUCAUUGAUGAUAUUAAAAUAUCAGUAUAG